AUGGUCGUCUACUACCAGGCCGCCGACCACCACGCCGCGUGUCCGUGGGCGCCCUGCUCCUGCCCGGGCGGUUGCGGCUUCCUCACCUCGCCGGCGCGGCUCGUCGAGCACUUCCACACCGACCACCGCUGGCCCGUCACCAGCGUCCGCUACGGCCCGGCGUGCAAGUUCCCCGUGCCGGCGCCGGCGGAGGGCUGCCACGUCCUCGUGGGCGAGGGGGACCGGAGCGUGUUCCUCGUGUCCCCGUGCGCGCUCGGCGGCGCGGUCACGGCCGUGUCGCUGGUGUGCGUAAGGGCGGGCGGCGCCGCGGCGGCGGCGGGGGCGGCCCAGUUCAAGUGCACGCUCUGGGUGGAGCUCCCGAGCAACAAGGACAAGCUGGUCCUGAUCAUGUCGGCGGUGCGCAGCAGCGAUCUGUUCGGCGGGUUUCCGGCGGCCGACAAGUACAUGUUCCUGGCGGUGCCGCCGGUGCUCCCGCACGACGCGUCCGGCGAGGCGCCUGAUCUCAUGGCAAGGCUUGCCUUGCCGGCGGCGGAGAGCCGUUCCGGCUUGCUUGCACAGGCCCCUAGGCAGCACGUCAAGCAAACCAACAAGGCGAGGCGAGGUUUGUCACUGGACCCAAAAGCGCUCUAG